AUGCGGCGCGCGCGCGGCGACGACGUCGCGCGCGCCGCGCUCGAUCGCGCCGACUUCGCGCGGCUGAGCCCUCGCGCGCGUCACGCCGCGCUGCUCGACGCGCACGAGCGGUUCUGCGGCGCGAACGCGCGGCGCGCGCGCGGCGACGGCGACGCGCUGGCGCGCGAGCACCGAUUCGUGAGAGACGACGAGGAGGACGAAAGGCGCGGCGACGCGUGGGCGGUGCGACUGGCGAGACGGUAUCACGAAAAGCUGUACAAGGCGUACGCGGUGUUCGACGCGACGACGCGAGACGGCGAGACGGGGGCGCGGUGGCGAACGGCGGCGGAGGUGCGGGCGGGGAAGGGGCAGUUCACGUGCGGCGAGAAGAGAUGCGAGACGAGCGAUGGGUUGGCGUCGUUCGAGUGCGUGUUCGCGUACGACGAGGGAGGGGUGAGGAAGAAGGCGAUGAUGAAGGUGCGCGCGUGCGCGCGGUGCGCGGAGAAGCUCGGCGCCGGCGGGGGGGUCUCGAGGGCGAAGCCGAAGGAUAGGAAGCGAGAGAAGAAGGAUAGGAAGAGGAAACGGGAUGCGGAAAAGGACGAUGCGAGGGAGGCGUUGCGGGGACUGUUGGAGAUGUAG